AUGCAUCAUCAUUUUAUAAAUGCAAUAAUGGAGGUAUUGGAAUGGACAAUUCUUGUAUAUGUCCUGUUGGAUAUCAAGGAGAUCAAUGUGAAAAAUACAACUUUCAAAUGCACGUCGGCACUAGAUGUUUGGAGACCUUUACAGGUUGAUGUUGGACCACUAUGUUGUUGGUCAAAACAAAGGGAAAUUCAAAAUAUUAAAGAACUAGAACAUUCAAAUUGGAUGACAAGUCUACAAAUGCUCAAUCAACAAGAAUUAAAAAAAUAG